AUGCUCGGCGGCGCCCUCCCGGACGGCUCGCGGUCUGCUGUUUGUCGGCUCCGCUGCCGGCUCGGUCCGUUCUCGGCUGUGCCUUUCCUGUGCCGAGGGCCGCCUCGGGCGUGGGGCCUUUGGUUCCGUGCCGUGGAUUUUUUUGACAGCUACUACACGGGCGACCGCGUGCCCAGCUGGGAAGACAAUGAGAACCACGCUCGGGGCGUCGAGCUGCUGGGGAGCGGGUACCAGUUUGCGAAAAAGCACGUGCUCGGUGGGGAGCCGAUGCACCAGAUCCGCAGGAUGGAGCCCCGCUUCGCCUUCGACAACGACGGUCUGGUGAGGACGUCUUGGCGCGGCUUCUCGUGGUUCGGGCCCUACGACGUCAAAUACGCCUCCAACGGCGUGCACGGCGUCGGGGUCGUCGACAGGCUCCUCCACCGCUUCAACACCAAGGACGCUCUUGGCGUUCUUAUGACCGACAGCGUCUUCUCCGCGCACCUGACCUACACGGCCAGCGAUGCCUCUUUCCAUUUGGACCUCAGCUCGCUGGAGAAGUACGCGCCCCUCCCAGGCUACGCAAAGCUGGGCGGCGGAGCCCGCUUCUCGUUUGCCGGCGGCCGCCUCAAGACGGAGGAGGUGCACUUUGGAGGGAAGUCUUACACCCCCAGCGAGGACAACCACGACCAGGCUAACAGGGCCUUUCGGCAGAACCGGCUGGAGGGCUGGCGUUAUGCCGAGAAGGCGGUGAUCGCCUCGCUGCUCAGCAUGACGAAUCUCGAAGAGUAA